AAAGUUAGUUCGCUGUGGAGCAGUGAUUGGUUGUUUCUAACUUGAAAACUCACGUCCUAGGAACUAGGCUCAGUCAAAAUGAGGAUUUUUGUCUCCAGGCUGUUCAACAAGACAUUGACACAGAAUAUUUCAAACAACUCUCACUAUGGCUUUGACUACAAAACUUUUUUCUGCAAUCUCAUUGAGGCCAAAAGGGCGGAUAACUCGUACCGUGUUUUCAAGAAAAUUUCCAGAAGUCAAGCGAUGUUUCCGGUAGCCCAAGAAAGUAGCCACGGAAAACAGAAUAUUACUAUCUGGUGUAGCAACGACUACCUUGACCUUAGUAUGCACCCAGAGGUCAUUGAAGCAAUAACUGCUGCUGUAAAGAAACACGGGUCUGGUUCCGGUGGCUCUCGAUCAAUAUCUGGAAAUUCCCCAUAUCACGAAGAGUUGGAGAUGCAGCUUGCAAAGUAUCACCAGAAAGAGGCUGCCCUUGUCUUCAGUUCCGGUUUCGUUGCUAACGAUACAGCGUUGUACACACUUGGAAAACAGUUGCCAGGGGUCCAUUACUUCUCUGACUCUGGGAACCACUCCUCGAUGAUCACUGGUAUAAGGAACAGCGGGGCACACAAGCACGUCUUCAGACACAAUGAUCCCAAGCAUCUGGAGGAGCAGUUGCGUCACGUAGCAGUGGACAUCCCCAAGAUUGUUGUCUUUGAAACAAUACACUCCAUGGACGGAUCCAUUGCCCCAGCAGAAGAAAUGUGUGAUGUUGCCCACAAGUAUGGGGCAAUCACAUUUGUUGACGAGGUACAUGCAGUGGGUAUGUACGGUCCUACUGGCGCUGGGAUUGGUCAAAGAGAUGGCUGUGUCCAUAAGAUGGACAUAAUUUCCUCUACUUUAGGUAAAGCCUUCGGUCAGAUGGGAGGCUACAUCACUGGAGACAGAGAUGUGAUUGAUGCAGUGCGGAGCUAUGGUAACGGAUUUAUAUUUACCACUGCCCUCCCGCCCCAUGUCAUGGCUGGCUGUCUGACGUCAUUGAAGAUUCUACAGGGUCAAGAGGGGCGAGAACUGCGUGAAAAACUUUACAAAAAUGUUGUGUACAUGAAGAAAGAGCUUAGUCUGGAGAAAAUUCCCGUCAUCCCUGGCACUAGUCACGUGGUUCCGGUUAUUGUUGGUGAUGCCAAAGCCAGUACCAGACUUUCCAAUGACCUCAUUCGAAGAUUCGGUAUCUAUGUCCAGCCUAUAAACUACCCCAGUGUGCCCAAGGGUACGGAGAGGUUACGUGUGGCACCCACCCCAGGUCAUUCGACUCUGAUGAUAGACAGAUUCGUUGAAAGUUUAUCAACAUUGUGGAAGGAAUACAAUCUGCCUUUGUUGGAUCAUCCUGAGGAGUCAAAACGUGGUGACAUACAGAUAUUGUCUCAUCAAUGAAUUAUUUAUAUGUACAUUAGAAUGCUAACUAUUCGUUUGUAAAGUUGGUUAUAGAUUAAUGAAAAUAAAAGAGAAUUAUUUCUUACUGCUGACAAUGUUUCGGAGACUAAUGCCUUGGCAUUCCUCAAGCAAAAUCUCCCUCUCUCUCUCUCUCUUUCUCUCUCUCUCUCUCUCUUUCUCUCUCUCUCUCUCUCUCUCUCUCUCUCUUUCUCUCUCUCUCUCUCUCUCUCUUGCCUUCAUCAAACUAAAAAAAAAAUCUUUUAAAUAUUUUUUUUCAUUUAAUUAAAAAUGUAAAUGUAUAUCUAAGAAUGCCAAAGACCUUUUUUAAAAUAACAAUAUUUAAUAUUAUUUGUCGUAUUUCAUGGCCUUCACAUUCCCUACACACAUAUCUAUAUGUAUUAAAUGUUGUGCAAUCCGUGUUAUUAUCCAAUGUGUACAUUUUGUAAACAAACGAACAAA